ACUCACUAGAAAACAUUAAUGUUAUCAAUCAUACAUAUACUUUUAAUGCAAAGUUCCUCUGUGAAAAAAAUAAUUCUGAAAAUGGUCUAUUGAAUGAAAGUGAUAUGGAACUGAUAAAUGAAGAAUUAGUAAUAAAUCAACCUGUCUUAGUAUCAGAGUUACCUCCUGUAAAUUGUUCGAGUUCUGAGAAAAUUUUUGAAGAUUUAUCCAACAACAGUUACAGCUUCGUAAAAGAAUUACUACCUUCAGAACUACCUCAAAUGAUUUGCUUCAGCCCUGCACAAAUUCUGCAAGACUUACCCAAUAACACAUUGAACACUACGAAUGAACAAAUAUCAAUCAGUGAGUCAAAUCCUGGAAAUUUUUUAAAGAUCGAAAAAUUAAAUGUACCUGAAGACCUUGAAAUAAUUAUUUUAAAUGAAGAAAAUGAAAAAAUUGUUUCAACUGAAAAUCCUUCAGUUGAAUCUGAAAUAUCUCAAGGCAGUAAUGAUAAGCCACAGAAAGCAGACCAAGGAAAUAGUUUUGACCACACUAGUGCAAUAAAAAAUCCAGAAGUUGAAUCACAGUCAAACUUUCAUGUUAAAACUGACGACUUUAAGCCAAAAGCUAUUGAACGUAUUGGUGAUACUGAUAGCGAUUCUAAGAGCUGCAAAAAUUUAAAAAAUCUAGAUAUAAAUUUCAAAACGGAGGAUGCUUUCAAUAAAGCUUUUACUCUUCCAACAAAAUAUCUUCCGGAAAAACGGAGAGCAAAAUUUGAAAAAACAGGAAAAGAAAAGCGGCCAUGUGUAGGCACAUCAGAUGUUAUUUUUGUAAAUCAUCAUAUCAAUUAA